GCACACAAACGUUUAUAUGGAAAGGAAGGUUUAGCAUAAUAAUAAUAAUUUUAAAAAACAGUAACCCCUUUGAAAAGCUGAUACGAAUGACCAAGAAAGCGAAACAUAUUCUGAAGCAUAUCUGAAUAUGCCGCAUGUUUUGUUUUAAUAUGCUCAGGAUAACCUGCAUUAUUACAAAAAGGAUACAAGUUUUAAAGUCCAUUUAAAACUUUUCAUUUUCACAGAUUUGCCCGCCUUUACUUUCACGUCGUGCUAUGCAGCUGGUUGCAAAAGCUUUUCUUUCGUAUACCUUCUUCUAAUGCAUGGGACAAUUUUAGACUGAAUUGCUUCAGAUGGUUUCAGAACACAUUAGUCCUCUAACAUGAAUGAGUUGGUCAAAAAACAUGGGCUGGCAUCUGUUUAAGAUGCAACACUUUGCAAGAUGGGAAAGGGGCCCAUUUCCAUUGUUGCCCUCCCAUUUCAUGAACAUGAUAUUAAUUCUCCAUUAUGGAAAUUCUUACACUGGCUUGCAGAUAGCAUAGUUGGGCCAUGUUGCUUGCUUUAUUUCCUUUUUUCUUUUUUUGCAUAACAUUGUGAAGUUAGCAGCUGUAUUAGUUCGAAUAAACGCCUUCUCAUUUUGUUUUAGCAAAUUACUUACAGUUGACCUUUUUUUUCAAAACUUUGAAAAAUAUCUUUUCUAUUGUUUGACCAUUUUAACCCACAAUCAAAGGGAUCAGAAAGGGCGUUUAUUCUACUGUCUGCAAGUCAGGUAAGAAGAGUCCCCUUCCCUUCUUUGCAAAGAAGAUAUGCAAAAAUAAAAAUAAAAAGCUUUUCAGGCAGUAAAACAUGCACCCACAGGAACAUGUCAUUUUGAGAUUCAUUUUGCUUGUUGAUGAAGAAAUUUCCGCAGUUGGAAGAAAGAACCGACAGCGAACGAUUUUCGUGUCAGAAUCUUUAAAACAGAGCAAGGCGUUGCGUUUAUUCGAACAAAUAUGAACUGUUCUUCGGUGAAGAGCCAGAAUAUGCAGAAAACCCAGCUGGCAAACAGGCUGCUUCUGCUGAUUCCGUAGAUCUUCCGCAACAUGGAUCUCUCCCGGAUCUGAAGGGCGCAAGUGGAAUGUCAUUUAUGCAUUCCUGGUCUGAGAAACAGAAACCUUCUUUCACACAGAAGUUAAAGUAUCGGUCUGUUAUGGCUGGAGAGCCAGUUGUUUUCCAGUGCAAAUUGAGUGCCGUUCCUUUGCCCCAAAUAACAUGGUACCAUAACAACAGGCAAAUCCCCCAAAGUCUGCGAAGGAGAAUAAAGAGUGAGAGUUGCAUGGAUAUGCACAGCUCCAGUCUAGAGGUAAACGAAGUUCAGGAAAGGGACUCAGGGAGUUACAAGGUUUUUGCUAUUAACAGUGAGGGUUCAGCUGAGUCCACUGCUUCAUUGUUGGUAGCAUGUGGUGACAAACAAAAUGCCAAAUACCUAGAGUUUUUGAGACAGUCAGAGCGUACUUGUCAACGUAUAGAGCAUCUGGUGCAGAAAAGGAGAGGCGAUAGGCUCAAAGUCGAUCUGCGGUGUAUUGGUUCUCCAUUUGAUAAGAAGCAGGAAACUGAGAAAGUGCUAAGAGCUUUUUCUCCUACCAAAGGGAUGGUGAGGACCAUAAGCUUUGAAAGUCUCCCGUCCUUAAGACAAGAAUUUGUAUACGAUAAGGAUUGGGUAAGAAACAGGCGUGCAGAUAGGGGAUGUAGUGAAGGAGAGGCUUUGCUUGAUGAGGAAACAAAAGUAAAGUUGCAGCGACUUCGCGAGGCAAAAAAAGCUAUGUUGGAAAAGAAAAAAGUGCUUCCAUCGCAGGGAUCGACAGAGGAACACCUUCCCUCUGCGGGAAUUGUAGGAAUUGGGAAUAAAAGAGGCCCGUUGGCUCAUUCAAUCUGUGCAGCAUCUCAUGUAGAGACGAAGGGGCUUGCUUUCCAAACAAUAGAGCAGAUUAAUGAAAAGGCCAUGUUACCGACAGUGUCAGGCACUAAAGAAGUUACCGUAGGAAGUUCUAGCAGGGAGCUUGAGAAAAAAUCAGAAAAAUUUCAGGUUAGAAUGGAACGGAUCCUGGGCCUUCCUGGGCCUCCUCAGAUUCUCCAGGAGUUUCCUGAUAAAAGCAAUAGGGGAGGAAUGUUCAGGAGACAGGAGGUAGUAGCCUCUAAAGGGAAUGUGAAGCCACAAGUUCCAGAAAAAGAUCCAAAGGCAAUCGGGAACACAAGAUGGAUGAACCAUAGUUAUACCCAUGGAAAAUCAGAAGAAGCAAGAAUGGAUACUCAAGGCUUCAAGGCAACAAAAAACAUUAAGAAAGACCCCUCUCCCCUGGUAUAUGUACUUUUCACUGAUGAUGUUAGUGAGAGAGAGAAACCUGAUAUGGUGAUGUCUGAUACAAUCACAAUGAACAUUAAUGAACCUGCGCCUGUUUUUGAGAUCAGGGAAAUGAGCAAAACUGUAGAAACAGCAAAGUCAGUAAACAAAUGCUCCCUUGAAACUGAAGAGUCUGUGUUGGCCGAGGUCACUGAAACAGAAACGGAGAUAACAGAACCACCUGACAAAUUGGUGAGGCCUCUUCCGAAAUAUCUGGAGCCAUGCCCCCCUUUCUUUGUCCAUGAGAUUGAAUCACAAGAAGUAAGUGAAGGAGAGAGCUGUAUUUUUAAUUGUGAUUUCCAAGGCCAUCCACAGGUCACAGUCACUUGGUAUAACAAUGACAAGCCACUGUCACGUAACCAAGAAUGUAACAUCAGAACCACAGAAAAUAGUUCUACACUGACAUUCUCCGCCAUUGUCCGUGAUCACGAAGGCUCCAUUACUUGUGUGAUAUUUAACCAGCAUGGGACUGCUACAACUUCAGGAACGCUAAAAGUGAAUGUAAAGGAAAAGCCUGAAUUUGAACCAUUCAGUAUAUGUAAAGUUGAGCUUUCACCAGACUAUGCAGAAGAGGAAGAGGAACUCAGUUUGGCAUUUGAGUAUUCAAAAAAAGAUGAACCUGAUUUAAGUAUGGAUGGCAGAGCCACUCUCCUGCCUCCACAGAUUAACCUGCCCAGACCUUGCAUUUCUGAUCCAGAUCUGCUUUCACUUCCUGUGGAAAUAAAAAUAACUGCACCAACCCCAACUCCAGAACAAGAUGAAGAAUUUAAAGAAUUAACUCAGUUUGUUGAGUUUGUGCCUGAAGAAGCCCCUGAAGAACAAACUUCUGCAGGACUAAAGCAUAAGUUUAAAUUUUCAUUUGAUGUGGCUCAUGAACCCCCCCAAAUCUUAAAAGAAAUCCAACAACACGUUAGAUGUAGAGAAGGGGAUUCGGUGGUACUUGAAUGCUUAAUAUCUGCAGAACCGCUGCCAAUUGUAACAUGGCUGCAGAAUGAUGGUAUUUUAAUCCCCACUGAAAAGUUUUACUUUGAGGAGGGAGAUGGCAUUUAUAGGUUGCACGUUUGCAAGGUUUCCAUAUCUGAUGCUGGCACGUACAAAUGUGUUGCCGAAAACAAAGCUGGCAUAGUCGAAACUGUUUGUUAUCUUUCAGUUGACCCCGCUGUAGGAAUAUUUUCUGAUGAAGUUGAGCUCAAAGCUGUCCAAAGCCAGGUCAGAGGAGCUCGGGACCGGAUUGCAAAAGAACAUUUGGGGAGUUAUUUUGAAUCCUCAGUAGGACUUACGGAAAGUAGUUUUAGCGAUAAAGCGUAUUCUGUAAGCCAGCAGUUCCACAGUGUUAGCAAACUGGAUUUCGGAGGAGAAGAAACAGGUAGACCAGCCCAGGAAAUGGAAUCCCAGCUGCCAAGUUAUCUAAAUGAUGUAAUGAAGUCUCUACUUGCUGAUGAAAGUGAAAGCCCACAUUUCCAGAUCUGGGAGCAAAACGAAGUACGUAAAGAGAUGGAGUCAAAUGCAGAAGAAGGACGAAAGGUAGCCAGUAUUACAGAAAUUUUAGCAGACACUCCACUUGUUGAGGAGUCUAGAGAUACAGCUGCCGAACAAGCCAAAGUAGAAAGCACAUAUAAACAGGCAGCUAUGGAAAUAUCUUCAAGCUGUCAAUUUGAAAUGGUUGUAGAGAGUCAUACGGAAAGAGAGGAGUCAGUUACAGGAGAAGACAUUUCUGUAAGUCAUGAUGUAAAAGAUGAAGGGGAAACCGUAAGAGACAUAUUUGAGAUAAUGCAGCAGAUUUCUAAAGAUCUGGAAUUCACACGAGCAUAUCUGGAACCAGAAUCGGAGAGUCUUCAGUAUGGACCAACUCAAGGUAUAUCACACGAGGAAAUACCUUCAAGUGAGAUAAUAACAGACAUACCAUUUAAGGAAGUUAAAGAACAAACCUGCACUUUUGAGCAGGAGUUAAGUGCAAAAGAAUCUAUGGAUCAUAGGUUUUCCACACCUAUAUUAAAGAUGCUGCAAGAAGACAGCGAUAUCCAUGAGAAGGAUCAAUGUUUUACUGAUAUAUUAAGCAAGAAUUCUCAGGAUCAGUCAGCCAUGGACGAGAGAAGUAUGUUACAUCUGCAAAAUAUAAGCAAUGAACUCCAAAGUGCACCUAAGGAAGAACAACUUCACUAUGAGGUUGUAAACAAAGAAAAUAUGCAGGAGGCCGUAGCCAAUGAACAGCAAGAACUGUUCAGAGUAGAAAAAGAGCAAGCAUUCAGAAGUUCUAUCUCUGACAAAGAGGAAGGCACUUUGAUCCAUGAGGAAAAGUUCACUAGCUUUGGUGAGGGGAAAGAGAAGGAAAUAUGCUGUGGUGAAGAAUUGGUAGGAAAAGCAGCUGUAAGUGUGCCUGAAUUUGUUUUUGAUUUAAAACAAAUGCUUACUACUGAAGACAGCGUAGAUAAGAAUGCUCAAGAACAAAGUGAAACUCAGGAACUCAUAGGUCCAAGUCCAAUUGCUGGCAAAUUUGAUAUCUCACUUGAUGGAACGCCGGUUCAUGCAGGUACAGAAACCGCUGAUGAACAACAAAACAGACUUAAAUCAGAGGAAGUGUAUGUCAAAGAAAAAUGUUUGGUUUCUGAAAUAAUACAAGCUAAUACAAACAAAAUCACAAAAUCAGCACAAAUCGGCAUAUCAGCUCUAGAACAAAGAUUAGAUUCUAGUCAAGGUAUUUCUAAAGAGGGUGAACUUGUAAAUGAAGCAAAUUAUGCCCGAGAAAAUGCAUUAUGCCUAGAGAAGGAAGAAUUUAGUUUACAUCCAGCUUCCGUAGGCGAGGAAAAUGUUGUUGAGGAACAAGAGGAAAUCAUUAUAAAAGAACUUUCAGAUUUUCAAAGAACAGACCUAGACAAGAUAAUAGAAAGUGCAGAAGUAGACACAUCAGCUGAGAGUUAUAGCCAGGACAUCAACAAAGAGAAGGAACUGGGAGAAGAAGGAAUAUUUGAUUUAAAACAACUUUCUCUGCAUGUAGAAAAUGAUAGUCAAAACCAGGAAGAUGUCCUUGUGAAAGCUCUGCAUUCUGGUUCUGAAGAAAUGAAACCAGAUGUCAACAAAACCCCAGAAAUUGUACAACCCCCCACUUUGUUUCUAGAGCAAGAAAGAGCUUCUCAACAAGAGCUUUUCCAAGAUACUGAGCCAGUAAAGGCAGAAUAUAGUUUCAAGGAAGCUAUCUUAUCCUUUGAAGAAUUUCCCUCCAAACAAUCUAAUUAUAACAUAGAAAUUGUUGUUCAAGAGGAAGUUCACAUUGAAGAAAAACAGACACAUGAAAAGGAUCAAGUUUCUGUUUUUACUGUUCCAGACAUAGAAAUUAUUGGGGGAAAAUAUGUUAAAACUGAAUAUUCAGCUGCUGCAAGCCUGCAAACUGACGUUGCUGAACAUGCACACAAAAAAUCUGAUUUAGAGGUUUCCAAAGUAAAUGAAACUAUAAAGGAAGAAAGUGAUGCACUGCAACAAUCACUACCCCCUAAAAAUGGCAUUUUUGACUUAAAGCAAGCUUACUCAGAUAUGGAAAAAAAUAGCCACCUAUCAGAGACGGAAGAAACAUACUUAAAAAACCUCUAUUCUGCUUCUGAAGGAGUUCUGGCUGAUACACAGAGUACCAUGGAAAAUACAUAUCAAAUAAUGCAUUCUUCCCAAAAAGAUUCCUUCUCUUUGAAAACCAUGAUGGAGGAAGAAAAUGUUCAGGAAUGUACAUCCCCAGAAAACAAAGACAUUGAUUUAAAAUUAGCUUUCCUGAAUCUAGAAAAUGUUGAUCAACAGCAAGAAGAGAAGUUGCCACAGGGGCAAAUCCCUCUCAAAUUCCUGUAUUCUGCUUCAGAGGAAACGGAAGCCUUUCAAGGGCAGCAGCUGAAACCCACUGAAAGCAAAAGUGUCCUCUACAAGAGCAGCGACCACAAAGAAUGCACCCUGUCCCAAGGGAAAGAACUACAAACACAAGAGCAAAUGUUUGAUCUGAAAGCACAUGCUGCAUCUUUAUCCCAAGACUUUUCAUUGAAGGAGGCUGAAACAUUACCAGAGAAAGAAGUGGGCUCCUUUAACCUGAGGUCAGCUUUUGAGAUGGUGGGUACAGAGACAGAGAGCUUCAUAAAACAGCUACAGAAGGCAAGCGUACCAGAGGAAGAAGGAGUUUCUCUAAGUGAGGAACUUCGUCAGAGCUAUAAGCUGCGGCUAGAGGGAGAUAAUUCCCUAGAACAAAAAUUACAAGCAGAAGCAGAGCUGACAGUGACACAAAUACUGAAGAAGGCCUUAGAAACGAUUAGCCUUUCUACUGAACAGGAGCCUGCUACAAAACGGCAUGGCGAUCAGGAGGGGAAAUUUUCAGAGGAGGAAGUGCUUAGGAUGCCAGAUGAAGCCUUUCUGUGGGGACAGCCAGAAUCCGUCCCUCUCAGUCAGUAUUUUCAAAACCAAGUGAAAGAAACUGGUGUCCUCGAAGCUGAUAGUUUCAUAUCUGAUUUGAAAAAAGCUGCACAUGGAAAGAAGCCUCAAAGUGUUCAUGAAACAGGGGGAGAAAAGGCACGUGUUACUGAGCACACCAUUAUCAAAGCGAGGAGCUCUUCCACCGAGGGGACUGAUAUCGAGACGCCUUUCGAUAGCCAAAUAAUGCCCGACAACCAACCAUCAUCACACAGCUCAGCCGAGGAACCCUCGUUGGCCCAGUUCCUUCUUUCUUUAAAAGAUGAAUCACUUAUAAGCCAGGGAGGUGUGACAGGAGAAUGUGAAACUGCUGAAUUAAUGAAUCCUCCUCUAGGAAAUCUAAGUGAAGGGGGUACCGUAGAAACUACUCUUCAUGCUCAAGAACUUCCUCCUCCUCCUCCUCAUGAAGGAGCAGAUUUCUCUCUUACAAAGUAUUUGCUUGCUGCCAGAGAACAGGAGACCCCCAUUGUCAGAGACAGCUCAUCCAGGACUCUGACCAGGGAGGGAUCUAUCACAUCCUUGGAGGUUGAAGAUGUUACAUUUAGCACCGUUUAUGAUUAUUACAAGCAACAGCAAGAACUGACUCGCCCUUUUUCUCCCGAAUCAGAAAUGUCUAUUGAUAUUGACAGCAUGAGCGGAGAUGAAAUGGUAGAGGCUGAGGGGUUCUACACACCACCAUCGUCAGUGGAUAAUUUUGAAUCUCCCAUGUCUUUUGAGUCUUAUCACACACCAAUUGGCAGCCCGGAACGAUAUUCUACGCCUUCAGAGGAGCGAUAUUCUACGCCUUCAGAGGAGCGAUAUUCUACACCCUCAGAGGAGCGAUAUUCUACACCGUCAGAGGAGCGAUAUUCUACACCAUCUGCAGAGUCAAACAGAGCUUCAAUGAGGUCUCCUGCAAAUCUAGUAAGGGGGAGUACCCCACCAGAACGUUAUCAAACACCCCCUGGCUCUCGUUUGCAACACAGGAGCUCUUCUCUUGAAGAGCUACGUGCUGAAAUGUUUGGUACACCUUGUGAAGCAUUAGAACCAAAGGGAAAUGAAAUCCCCCCUGCAUUUAUUAAGCCAUUGACUAAAAGAAAACUCUAUGAGAACACCACAUUGCGUUUUAUUGCCGAGGUCAUAGGGACUCCCAUACCUGAUGUGAAAUGGUAUAGAAAUAAGUCAUUGCUUGAACAAGAUGAAAGGGUCAAAAUACAAAAAGAAGGUGAUAUUUGUAUCUUAGAAAUCUGCAACAUUCAAAAAACAGACGGAGGGGAAUAUAUGUGCCAUGCAAUAAAUAUCAUAGGUGAAUCCAAGAAUAUCGCACAAGUGCAAGUGUUACCCCAUGAUGGAAGAGCUUUGGCUCUUCCUCCUCCAGUAACUCAUCAACAUGUUAUAGAGUUUGAUAUAGAACAAGGGUCAGCGUCACGAACACCUUCGCCUCAGGAAAUUCUCCUGGAAGUAGAGCUGGAUGAAACUGAGAUUAAGGAAUGUGAGAAGCAAGUGAAAAUAGCCACUAUUCCUAAACUCACUUCUGAUGAUCAAAGUAUGAUUGUGUCUCUUGAUGUUCUCCCUUUAUCUCUGGUGGAACACACAAUGGCUUCUUUUGGGAAGGAGAAUGAAGAUGUUACAAUCGACUUUGAAGUCACCGAGAUGCCUCCACGCUUUACCACCCCUGUUUCUGACAUAGAGGUUCCAGAAAAAUCUGAGGCAUUGUUUCAUUGUACAGUCUCGGGCUGUCCUACUCCAGUAGUGCAGUGGUUUAAGGCAAAUCAGUGCAUUUCUUCAGAUGCUUGGAAGUAUGCUGUUAGAAGUGAUAAUGGAAAUCAUAGUCUUAAAAUUCAGAAUGUACAGCGUUCUGAUAGUGGCAUGUAUUUGUGUAAAGCUGUUAAUGCUGUUGGAGAAGCUAUAUGCAGGUGCUUGUUAGCUGUAACUGAGGGCCAGGGGGCUCUUCCAGUGACCAAUGAUGGAGGUGAGGCAGAUCUAAGUUUGGAUAGCACUAGUGGUAGGCCUCAAAAGAUUGAUUUGCUUGUUGAUAAUACUAUCCAAAAUGGCAACCAGACAGAAAUAGAGCUGGAGUUUGAGUUUGAAGGUGACACUGAUGAUUCUCAGAAAGCUGUUAAAUUGGUAGCUGUUACAGAACAGGAGCAGGAAGAGGAAGGAGAAGCAUGCGUAAAUAUUAACUUUGAUGUGUUUGCUGAACCAUCCAAAGAAGAGCAGAUUGAAUUUAAAGGUGAGAGCACAGACAGGUGCAGCUUCGAAUUUCACGUUACAGAAGCACCUCCAAAGUUUAUGAAACAUAUUUCUGAUUGUGCUUCUUUCAUGGGUACCUCUGCAAGUUUCCAGUGUUUAGUAGGUGGUUCUCCAAAACCAGCAAUAAGCUGGUUUAAAAAUGGGGCAUUGAUUCAUGAAGAGAGAUACUGUAUGGAGGAAAGUCAGGAAGGUUGUCACAGUCUGACUAUAAGAAGCUUAGUCCAAACUGAUGAAGGCGAGUAUAAGUGUGUAGCAACAAACAAAGCAGGGACUGCCUAUAGCAGUGCUUCGUUAACAAUCUGCUGAACAUUUCAAAAUGUAUUUAUUCUUAAAGAGACAGCACAUUUGCACCACAUUUAGAGAUCCAUCCCGGUAGACUAUGUAGCAGUAAUUUUGAUGCUUCUUGUUAUUUGAAGCAUCCUUAUGAGUGGGAUUCACUGGCCCCCUCCCCAAGACUCUCCCUACCGGGAACUACUGUGGAGAGGAAGUGAUACCUAGCUCUUAUUACAGGCUAAGCUUCACUCAAAGUGAGUUCCAUUGAUCCUGACACCAUAUGCAUCCUUGUAAUGAUAUCAUUGUAAUUGUCACCCACAUGUGUACACCAUCUUUGUCUGAUACAUGUAAAUAUGAUUGUUUUAUUUAAAAGGUGCAUUCACAUUUUUGUUAAGGGGGUCUUGAAAUAUUUGAUACCCCUUUUUUCUUAUAACUGAAUUGUUUGGAAUUGUACUUUAUACGCACACUGAAUUUUAAAUGCAGUACCAGAAAAGAAAUGAGGAUUUCCCUCUCGCAAUGUUGUAUCAGAAAAUAACAUUCUCUCUUGAACAGAUCCUGAAAUCUUAUGCCAUUUCUCUCCCACUGAAGUAACUGAGACUUACGUUGAUCUCAUUCCAAUUCAAAUGAAGAGUAGUAACAUGACACCAAUUGAAAUGCCCUGAUUCAAAAAGAAUCAGAGACCAAAUUGGCCCAUUUGGGUUUUCUGUUACAGUGGAGAUUGCAGAAAAAACUUUCAGCUUUAUUUUUCUUUUACCAAGUUAAAACUACCUGUUAGCUAAAGGAAAAGCAAUGUAAAACAGGCAAAUAUGCUAAUGUGAAGCUAGUAUAAAUAAAAUAUAUUGAAAUUAAACUUAUUAGAGAUGGUUAAACUUUAGGUGCUCAAUUAAUCUCUAGCAAUGGAUGAAAUGAAACAGAACCCUGAAAUUCAUCUCAAGCCAAGGCCUUGAUAUCCAAAAUUUUAUUUUAAUUU